AUGCUCCCCCUUUGCGUCGCAGCCUUUCUCUUCGCCACUACCCUCGCCUUCGAUACCCCCACCAUCCCUCUCAACUGGUCCGUCCAGUAUCCCUGCGCAGUGGACUUUGGUGCACGCAUCAUUGCCGGCGUCGUCACGACCCAGCACGCCGACAACACGCCGGCGACGUGCAUCGAGCGGUGCGACGCUGCCAACUUUACGUACGCCGGCGUCGAGUACAGCAACGAGUGCCACUGCGGGACCGGCCUGAAGGGCACGCCGCAGGUCGCGCCCACGAGCGACUGCAACAUGGCGUGCACGGGGGACCCAGACCUCUCGUGCGGGGGCUCGUUCCGCAUCCAGAUCUACAAGUCGCCCGCGCUCCCGCCGGGCUCGUGGACCGCGACGGGCUGCUUCGUCGACACGCCGACGCAGGCGGCGUUCGCGAACCCGGUGCACACGACGUUCGCGACCAACCUCGACCUCGUCAGCCAGUGCAUCAACUUCUGCACGCACAUCGGCCUUCCGUUCUCGGGCGUCGAGGACGCGAGCGACUGCCAGUGCAGCACGGGGUUCGCGGCGGGCGCGCAGCAUGUCGCGCAGCAGGAGUGUAAUUCGACGUGCCCACUGCCGCCGGGGCAGGGGCGCUUGUUCUGCGGCGGGUUCCAGAGGCUGGAGACGUUCAAGUACGAUUUCUAA